AUGGGAUGCGAGAAAUGCGUGGUCGGAAAAUUGCCACAAUGUGAUUUGAAAUUAGUUUCGAGCUGUUUUGAAGAAGAUUUGAAGGGAAGAGAAUUGCAGCAUAUUUCGGCGCUGGAGCAUAUUUGCUACGAUUGUUUGAAUUUUCUUCAGAAUCAGGACACCUGCUACAAAGAAUGGAAAACCCGCUGGGAGCAGGAUUCCUUAUCCCAAGGCACAGUAAAAACAUAUCUGACGGAAAAAUUCUUUCCUUACUGGAUCCAGUGCAUCGACUGUCGAAAAUGGCGGCGAGUUCAAACUGCGCAUUUGAAAGAAGAUAAAAUUAUAGAAAACGAUGUGGAUGAAGAAUUCCUGCAGAAAUAUAAUUGCGACAUGGGACAUCUGCUUUUUGAGAAGAAAUAUUCAAAAGAAGGAGCGAAGUAUUCAAUUUCAACGCUUAGCAGUAGGUCCUGUGAGCCGCAAGAAGAACUCAAUCCAAUCACCAAAGAACUGUCCUUCAUCAACACUAUUUGCUACCCUCCUCUUUUAAAAUUCUCCCCAGCGGAAAAGCUCUUCAAUGGAUACUACCCAGAUGGAGUUGGCCAAUCUGUUAUCGAUAGUUCGAGAAAAUGCGAGCUUAUCGACAACGACGACGAGAAAGGAACUCCAAAGAAAAAGACUCCUCGAAAAAUCUACCGCAACCGUUUCUUCCCCUCUCGCAAGCCAAGAAAUACCAACUCGAAAAACAGCUGUUUCAGUCUUCGCAAUCGCCGUCCGUUCUACCAGCCUGGCGACAACCCAGCAGCCUUGACGCUCAAGCCCGAUUCUUUCGAACCAGAUGAAGUUGCACACUAUCAAUCCUUUCCUCCCGCCGCGCAGAGAUUGAUUCUAGCGGUGAGAAAUCUCGUCGUUUCGAUGUGGUCUAUUUCUCCAACGAUUUUGGUGACCCCAGAGAGCUGCAUGCAAAACGCGAUUAUAAGAGGAUACAUUCGCGCCGCUCUCCCAGAACUGUUCAAUCUUGUUAUAGAAUUUCUUACGAUAAAGGGAAUUAUCAACUUCGGCAUCUUUGAGGACAUCCCAAGGCCGUUGGUUCUGAAGAACAUUCCGCUAGAGAAAAGAGAAACGAUCGUUGUAAUCGGAGCUGGACCAUCAGGAAUUUCUACGGCUAGACAGCUGCAUAACUUUGGAUUCAAUGUGAAGAUUCUAGAGGCGAGGAAGAGAAUUGGCGGACGAGUUCAUGAUGUUUGGGCUCCUAAGGUAGCUGCAGGAGCAAUGGUCAUCAACGGCUGCCAAAACAACCCAAUUAUCACCAUGAGUCGUCAAAUCUACCACGAUGUCCACAUCCUCGGGAGCCAAUGCGACCUUUUUGUCAAAUCCGAAUCGAUCGCUCGAGGACCAGAUUUGAGAAUGGAGCAUCAUUUCAACACAAUUUUGGAUAUUUUAUCCGACUGGAGAUUGGACAAGAAAGAGGACAUUCCACUCAUCGACGCGAUUAACCUCGCUCACAAAGAAUACGUCAGUCAAAGCGCAGAAAGAUACUCAAAAACAGAAAUGAAACUGCUCGACUUUCACAUCAACAAUUUAGAAUACGCCUGUGGAGCGAGCCUUUCUAGCGUUUCAGCGCUCAAUUGGGAUCAAAAUGAGCGUUUUCCGCAGUUCGGUGGAGAUCAUGCGAUCGUGACAUAUGGAUUUUCUGAUGUUUUGGAAGAACUGUCAAAACCGCUGAAUAUAGAGUUUGAAAAACCAGUGGCGAGUAUUGAUCAUUCUGGGGAAAAGGUGGUCGUCGAGACGAUUCAUGGGGAGAAAAUUGAGGCCGAUAGAUGCGUCGUGACAAUCCCACUCGCCCUCAUGAAAAAGAAAACCAUCAAAUUCACCCCUGACUUAUCCCCGCGAAAAUGGCGCGCUGUAGAAAACAUCGGCGCCGGCCUGAUAGAAAAAUGCCUCCUCCGCUUCGAUUCAAAAUGGUGGAGUUACAAGAUCGGUGGCGCUGAUUUCUUUGGCUCCAUCAGCGUUUCUGGCUCCGACUCAGGCGUCGACGCUGAUGAUGAACACGAUACUUCGGGGAUUUUCAAUGUGUUUUACGAUAUUCCAUCGCCUGAGAGUGAUCAUUUUACGCUGAUGUCGAUCGCAGCUGGAGCUUCGCUUGAUAUUUAUCAUUCGAUGAGUGAUAAACAACUCGUUUCUAGCGCGAUGGCGACGCUUCAAGAAAUCUUCAAGGAAAUCACGGUCCCAGAGCCUCUGAGCUUCCACAUUACUCGCUGGGGAAAAGAGGAAUACUCGCAAAUGAGCUAUUCCUUUAUCAAACUCGGUUCAACCGGAAAAGAUUACGACGAAAUGGCAGAACCAGCUUCCGAUCGAUUAUUUUUUGCUGGAGAAGCCACCAAUAGGCACUUUCCACAGACAGUGACAGGAGCUUACCUGUCGGGAGUUCGCGAAGCAGCGAGAAUUUUCAAGCUAGAACACAAAAAACUCAACCCUGAUUCGAAAUUCUACGGUGACUCGAUUUUCGAACAGACUUCGCUCCUCCCUCAGAAGCGAAAGAGCGAGUCGAUCCACCAAAAACCGCCUUCAAAGAAAAUCGAACGACGAAAAUCUGAGCCAAUUCCGACCAUGUAA